UUGGUUCGUCCUGGCUGCAGUGACAGCGUCCAUGGGAAGGUAGAGUGGGGGAGGUGUGGCUUCCUAUUGACAUCACCAUGUUUUCAGCUGGGAAGUAGUCAGUGUGCUUAAUAAUUUAGGAUGGUUCAUUUCUUAAUCAUUACUUUGGUCCUGGGGGCCUGUGCGACUUCCCUGCUAGUUAUUCUCUGGAGGGCAGAGCGAGUGAAGAGAUGGAUGGCUGGGCUGAAGCGCCAAUGGUGCCUCAAGGCACUGUCGAACAACAAUCACAGAAAGAAUUUGGAACAUGACACAAAAAAUGCCCAGAGCAUACAGGAAUGCUUACUACUGGAAGCACUGCGCAAGCACCAGGACACGGAAUACGGACUGAAGAACAAUUUCAAAAUCUUAACAGAUGUGUCCUCCUUUCAGAGACUUCAUCCUCUGACUCAGUACUGUGACUAUAAAGACUAUGUCCGGCGCACAUCGCAGGGAGAAGAGAACAUAAUGAUGCAUGGGAGACCCUUUGCCCUGGUAGCAACCGCAGGAACUUCUGGAAACCCCUCUAUGGUCCCUAUCAGUGCUCAAAGACCCAAUGAUAGUUUCCAGCAGGGAACAGCGGUAUAUCUGGAAAUAAUACACAGCAAUUUCCCUGGUGCUUUGGAAAAGAUGACCAAGUUUACAUUUCCACCAAAUUUCCGCCACACUGAGGCUGGGAUUCCAAUUAUUAAUUUUCCAUUUGCCUUCUCGAAUUUCCUGAAUAACCUCUACUCUUCUACAAUUCCAGACAUUUCCCCCAUGUCUCAUCAUGAGAUACUUUACAUUCAGCUUCUUUUUGCCCUCAAGGAGAAGGGCUUAAGUAUGCUUGAAGCAAACUUCUCUUGGUUUCUUCGCUAUGUCUUUUCUGUCUUAGAGGAUUCUUGGGAGUCUCUAGUUGCUGAUAUUCAGAAAGGUCGUCUCAGUUCAGAACUUAAGAUUCCUCUGGACAUCAGAAAGCAGACAGAAGACUUGUUAGUCCCAGAUGCUGUCCGAGCUUCAGAACUGCGUGCUCAGUUCCAAGAAGGCUUUUGUGGGAUAGCCAAGCGGGUGUGGCCAAAUUUACAGGUGAUCGUAGCUGUGGAGACUGGGGGAAGUGACCUGGAUAGACAGACAUUAAAGGACACUCUAUGUAAAGGGACACCACUUUAUUCCCCCAUAUACUGUGCAGCAGAAGGCCUCUGUGGUGUAAAUCUUUGGCCUCUAGAAGAUGUCCCACAAUACGUGUUGAUCCCCCGUUCUGCAUUCUUUGAAUUUAUACCUAUGGACACAAAUGAGCUGAAACAAACACUGAGUGUACGAGAUGUUACCGCAGGGAAAGCCUAUGAGCUGGUUAUAACUAACAGAGAUGGGCUUUACCGGUACCAGCUUGGAGAUGUUGUACAGGUUACAGGCUUCCACAAUCAAAGUCCCAUAGUGGAAUUUGUAUACAGGAAAAGCCAGACAUUGAGUGUCCGUGGAGAACGCAUUUCAGAGCGUCAUUUUUAUAGGACUCUCAUGCGGACUGUAAACUUGUGGCCUGGUGCCUCUCUUCUCAACUACUGCUGUGCAGAGAGCGGGAUUCUGGGUUCAUUAUCUGGGGGUUCUGACCCUCACUAUGAGGUGUUUAUUGCUCUGAAGGGUGUCAGAGACCUGUCUGAGGAUCAGAGAUAUAAGUUGGAUCAAACCCUCCAGGAACAGUUCCCUCUCUACAAAUCCUUCCGCUUUAAAGGCAGCAUUGGUCCAGUGCGCGUGCACCUGACAAGUCCCAAAUCUAUUCUGGGACUUUGGGAGCUGACAGCCAAACUUUCUGGUACCUCCUUGGACUGCAUUCAACCUCCACGCACACUGAGAUACGGGAAACUGGCUGAAAGUAUAUGGAAGCAAGUCUUGUCGUGAACACAUCUCUGUAUAUAAAAUGGAAGAACCAUUUAAACUCUGGAAGAAGCUACAUUGUCCAAAAUGUGUAGCUGUUUAGCACAGUGGAUGUGUCAAGAUGGAAGAGGUCUCUGCAGCACAAAUAUACACUCAAAAUCAAAGUAACAUGCAAAUGCUUUGAAGCUUGCGGCAACAGGUGGAGUGCUAUAAAGUUCAUGGCUUUGUAAUAGCAGAGGAUCAUGGGUAGUACCAAAUAAUGGAUUAUCAUCAUAUUGUAUCAUUAUUUCUGCUGCGUGGUACACUGGGCUCCACAGGGAAUGACAUUGGGGUGUAGAGUAGGAUCUUGAUCCAAGGCACCAACAGGCUUGACCUUCUUCCCAGAAUGCAUAGCGCCGCCUCCUCUAUAACCCCGCCUCCGUGCACAGGAGCUCAGUUUUGUAGUUGGUGCCAUGUAGUGCAGGCAUACAACAGGUGGGAUGCUCCAGCAGCCCUCUGAAGAGCUUUUCUAAGUGGAAAAAUGAAGACUUCAAAGGCUGCAGCAGAGACACUGUGAGUGCUAGAUGUCAGUCAGACAUCUGCUGCAGCUCCAUCAGCUCCCCCAGCGGCGCUGUUUACUCCCGCGCCCUGGUUACCGGGUACUUACAGCGGAGGCUCCGGUUUUCAUCUGUCAGUCACACACCCCGCCGCAGCUCUCCAGGAUCGCAUGGCCGCACUCAGGGAGGAGAUACAAGGCUCCCCCAGGUAGGACCCGCUGGAAAUCGCGAUCCGGCGCGGCCGGUGGGAGGCGGGCCGCGCGCGCUGACGUGGACACUGUGGCAGUACAGGGACCCCACUAGACCACCAGGGCAAGGGCACAGGUCGGUUUUACUAAACACCGUUUGCUAUAUGGCCCGCAGUACCCAGUGUUUAAGUCCAGCAAGGGGAUAAGGCUUUGACUUGUAGCCCCUCCCCCAGCCCCAGGGCGCCAUUUAGAGUAAAUGUUCCCGCCCUGGAGCUGCAUAUCUCUCUCUCCCUCACUCCCUGUCAGCGUUUGGGCGCCGUUAUAGCAAGCAGAGCUGAUCCUGGGACUGUUUGGGCAAAUCCUUCUCUAUAAAGCCGCCUGCAUGUCAGCGCUGUGCAUUAUACAGGACACGUAAGUAUUCUACAUGUCUGCUGACAGUGUUAGUUAAGAAAGAGUGCAUUUAGUCAGGGUUAUUCAGUACAAGUACCCUGUGAUAUACAUCCAGUCUUUACUGUGCAUUGAUAUAGCUAUUAUGUGUAUAGCUAUACUUAGUAUUACUAUGUAUUGCUAGUCCAGUGCAGUUUUAUUGCAUGUCAUAAUUUCUGCAUUGUACAAUGUGACUAUGUGUGUGUGCAUAUAGCUGCUGUGUGAACUGCAUUUCAUGUAUCUCACUCAGGUUACUAUCCCUAUAUUCUAUAACCUGAGGGGGCUAAGUGCGUCAGGGUUAUAACUUAUUAUUAACAUAGGUGUUUCACAAGAUAUACUUAUUGUGUAUUUUUUUUCUGUGUUUUUAGUCACCAUAUACCUCUGGAACUCUCUGUUUGUGCUAAUACACUACUCAGGGGGUUCUUGUCAGGUGUUGUGCUGCUGAUACUGUACUGGGUUGCCUUGAAUGAGCUUUCAGAUAUGUCAGCUACAAGGGGCGACGGAGCUGGGGCUGAUCCCACAGUGCGUUGUGGUGACGCUGCAGACACGUUUGAGGAGAAUAUAGCAGCUGAGGGUUCAGGUUCUGGGGGUUCCUUAACCCCCAGUGGGACCGUAGCAGCGGGGAUUCAAAAUGACCCACCUUUGGCUACUUUCUCCACGUUAUUGAAUACGCUGGUAACUAGACUUACGCCCCCUAUGGGACCUCCUGUACCGGUACAACCACUUAUGGUCCCUGCGGAUAAUUCGCCGUGGGCAGAUCAACUGUCCACUCAGUUACAGCAAUUCAACCAAUCACUGACUAAGCAGAAGUCUAACCCUCACCUGCCUAAGACCAAGGUGUCCUCUAAGCGGGCCAUUACUUCCUCACAAUCCACUAACGUCCCAGACACCUCGUCUAAUGAGGGUGGCGUAUAUAUACUGACCCCGCAGACACUAAUUCUGAUGCUUAUGAUGGGGAAUCUGUUUCACAGGUGGAUGUUCCUGACUUGUUGGAGGCUAUCAAGUUAAUUCUUCAAAUUACUGAUGACCCAGAGCUUGAUGCUGGACAGAUUUAAAUGUCAGAAAGUGGUUAAACAAAUUUUACCUCACUCUGACCAUUUGGUUGACAUACGUCAGGAAUCCUGAAAAAAUCCAGGAAAGAAAUUCACGCCUCACAAGAAGAUGCUGGCUCGCUAUACCCUCGCGGCGGAGCUAAGUAAAAUUUGGGAGACACCCCCGCCAGUGGAUUCACAGGUGGCGCAGCUGGUGGUAUCCUCAGCUCUGCCUGUAACUACCGCCACGUCUCUGAAAAAAACGAUGGAUAAGCGUGUGUAGGGUUGUUUAAAGGCGAUUUACACCUUAGCUGGUGCUGCGCAUAGGCCCACCAUUGCAGCGACUUGGUCUGCAGAGGCUAUUGAAGUGUAGGCUCAGGAGUUGGAAGCUGAGGUGCCUUCCAACGCUUCUGAUCAUGCUAGACAAUGUCUAUCGUAUAUUUUCACAGCUUCUAAUUACAUUAAAGAGGCGGCUUCUGAUGCCGGUAUUCUGGCGGCCAAGGCUUCUACUACGUCCAUUUUGGCUCGCCGGAUUCUCUGGUUGCGGCCCUGGUCUGUGGAUCUGGACUCUAAGAAAACCCUGGAGGUGCUCCCUUUUAAGGGAGACAUUCUUUUCGGAGAAGACCUCAACAAGAUAGUGACUGACUUAGCUUCUGCUAAAACAGCAUGUCUACCUAGUACUGCUCCUUCGGUACCGAAGGCUAAGAGUACUUCCUUUCGCUCCUGUCGUCCUUCAGGAAAAGCAAAGGGUCAGGCUCGCAAUUCCAAACCCAAUAAGCACAAACCUAAAUGGGCCUGGGCUGCCCGUCAGCCUGCUUCCAAAACUGACAGGCCUGCUGCAUGAUGGGGUGGGCCUCCCUCUGGGGGAUCCCAGGGUGAGGGACCGACUUCUAGGGUUUACCCAGGAAUGGUUGAAGACCACUUCCGAUGCCUGGGUACGGGAAGUUGUCACUUGAGGUUACGCCGUAUCCUUCAAGAAUCAUCCCACUCAUCGAUUUUGCCUGACAGACGUCCCUUCAGAUCAGGUGAAAACCAAAACUCUUCAUUCGGUGGUACAGCCCCUCCUGGACACAGGAGUGGCAGUACAGGUGCCUCUGGCUCAGAGGGGCAGGGAGUACUAUUCACCGCUGUUCCUAGGCCCGAAACCGAAUGGGUCCUCUCGGCCCAUUCUCAACCUCAAGUCCUUGAACAAAUUUGUGAGGGUCUCCAAAUUUCGGAUGGAAACUCUUCACCCUAUUGUUCUGGCUUUGGAACAUGGGGAUUUUAUGGUCUCCCUGGACAUAAAGGAUGCUUACCUGCUUAUUCCCAUUGCAAUGUCGCAUCAGCAGUGCCUGAGGUUUGCGGUUGGCAACCUCCAUUACCAAUUUCGGGCAUUACCUUUUGGUUUGACCAAGGCUCUGCGAGUCUUCACCAAGGUCAUGGCGGUAAUGACGGCUGUACUCUGCUGUCAAGGGGUCAGGAUCCUGCCGUAUCUGGACAACUUGUUCAUACUGGCAAAUUCCCCAUAAAUUCUCCUACGCCAUCUGGAUCUGACUAUACGGUUUCUGCAUGCCCACGGGUGGCUCAUCAACUGGAAAAAAUCUUCCCUGGUCUGCCUCAUCGGAUCAGGUCGCAAAUGAUCUCCUUGUCUCCAGAGGUCCGUCUGUCACUACACUGGUGGCUGCAGGACCAUCGAUUGAGCAGGGGUCGUCCCUUCUGGAUCUCCAGCUGGGUCCUUCUGACGACGGAUGCCAGUCUGAGAGGUUGGGGUGCGGUGUUGGAGCAACACUCCCUUCAGGGUCGGUAGCCCAGGGAGGAGUCUCUCCUCCCAAUAAACAUUCUGGAAUUACGGGCGGUGUUCAACUCGCUGAACUUAUCCCAGCAUUUAAUACAGAACAGACCUGCUCAAGUACAGUCGGACAACACCACCACGGUGUCGUGCAUCAAUCAUCAAGGCGGCACUCGAAGCCGCAUGGCAAUGAGGGAAGUAUCCAGGAUUCUUCAGUGGGCGGAACGCCAUCUGCCAGCCAUAUCGGCAGUAUUCAUUCCGGGGGUCCUAAACUGCGAAGCGGACUUUCUCAAUCAUCAGGACGUACACGCCGGAGAGUGGAGCCUCCAUCCAGAAGUGUUUCAACUCCUCGUGGACAAGUGGGGCCUUCCAGAUGUGGAUCUGAUGGCGUCUCGACACAAUCACAAGGUUCCAGUCUUCGGAGCAAGGACAAGGGAUCCUCAAGCAGCGUUCGUGGACGCACUGGCAAUUCCAUGGAACUUUCAGCUGCCAUACGUGUCACUCCUGCCCAGAGUAAUAAGGAAGUUCAAGCAAGAAGGAGGAAUCCUACUUCUGAUCGCUCCCGCGUGGCCCAGACGGCAUUGGUUCUCAGACCUUCAGGGUCUCUCGAUAGAGCGUCCCCUUCUACUCCGCAGCGCCCAGAUCUCCUCGUUCAGGGCCCCUGUGUAUAUCAGGAUUUCACCCAGUUAACUUUGAUGGCGUGGCUUCCGUCUUGAGGGCCAAGGUAUUUUCUGAGGUGGUAAUUCAAACCAUGUUGAAGGCCCGGAAACCGGCUUCUGCUCGGAUUUAUCAUAGGGUCUGGAAUUCUUACUUUGCUUGGUGCGCCGCUAAUAAUCAUGACGCUUACAAGUUUAGUACGGCCAAACUUUUGGCCUUUCUACAACAAGGCCUUGACUUGGGCCUUCGUCUGGCCUCCAUCAAGGUUCAUAUUUCUGCCUUGUCGGUUUGGUUUCAGAGAAAAAUUGCGACUUUACCUGAUGUUCAUACGUUCACUCAGGGUGUGUUGCGUAUUCAACCUCCUUAUGUCCUGUCUGUGGCUCCUUGGGACUGGAGGCGUUGCCAGGGUCUCCAUUUGAGCCUCUUGAAUCAGCAGACCUUAAGUGGCUUUUCUUUUAAGGUAUUGUUUCUGCUGGCUAUUGUCUCUGCUAGACGGGUGUCGGAUCUGGGUUCCUUGUCUUGUAGGUCCCCAUAUCUGAUUUUUCACCAUGACCGGGCGGUUCUUAGAACACGUCCCAGGUACUCACCUAAGGUGGUGUCUUCUUUCCACCUUAAUCAGGAGAUCGUGGUUCCAGCCUUUGCCUCUUCUGACUUGUCUUUCAAAGAGCGGUCUUUGGAUGUGGUACGGGCUCUCCGUAUCUAUGUGAAAAGAACUGCAUUCCUUUGGAAGUCUGAUUCUCUCUUUGUACUGUUUGGUUUUCACAAACGUGGCUGGCCUGCUCACAAGCAGACCCUGGCCAGAUGGAUUAGAAUGGUGAUUGCACAUGCUUAUGUACAGGCUGGCCUUCCAGCUCCUGCUACCAUCAAUCCCAUUCUACUCGGUCUGUUGGAACUUCUUGGGCGGCUCGCCGUGGUGCGACCCUUGAACAAUUGUGCAAGGCGGCUACGUGGUCCUCAGUGAACACGUUCAUAAGGUUCUAUGCCUUCGAUACUUCCGCCUCCCAGGAUGCUUCCUUUGGACGCCGGGUUCUUGUGCCCGCUACAGUGCGUAGUUCCCAUGAGGAAAUGCUUUAGGACAUCCCCAAUGUCAUUCCCUGUGGAGCCCAGUGUACCCCGCUGCAGAAAACGAGAUUUAUGGUAAGAACUUACCUUUGUUAAAUCUCUUUCUGCGAGGUACACUGGGCUCCACAGGGCGCCCACCCUGACGCACUUAACUUCUUUGGGUUGGUAUGGCAUUAGCCGCUGACACUUUCUCCUGUCGUGAGAAUGUGGUGUAUGUGGCUACUAACAGUUGUCGUCUCCUGUACCUGCUACUGCAUGGAACUGGUUAACAAAAACUGAGCUCCUGUGCACGGAGGCGGGGUUAUAGAGGAGGCGGCGCUAUGCAUUCUGGGAAGAAGGUCAAAACUUUUAGCCUGUUAGUGCCUCGGAUCAAGAUCCUACUCUACACCCCAAUGUCAUUCCCUGUGGAGCCCAGUGUACCUCGCAGAAAGAGAUUUAACAACGGUAAGUUCUUACCAUAAAUCUCGUUUUUUUCCCCAAGAAUUAAAAUUUCUCUACAAAAACACAAAUUAAAAAUUAUGUAAUUUGUAGCCAACAUCAAAUAAAUAUGUGACACCGCGAA